AUGGAAGAUUACGAGAAGAUUUCGGUGGUUGGACGUGGAGCGCAUGGCGUUUGUUGGCUUUGUCGGCGAAAAGAUGAUGUAUAUCGACAGAAAGUGAUUAUCAAGACAGUGGCAUUAGAAGGACUCACACAGCAAGAACAGGACGCCAUUUUUGGUGAAGUGACUUUGCUUAAGCGUCUUCAUCAUCCUCAUAUCAUAGGGUAUUACGAAUCAUUUAAGACAGAGAAUGCAUUUUCAAUAGUGAUGCAGUAUGCUGAAGGUGGAACAAUGGAUAAAAUGAUAUCGGACCAAAAAGGAAUUAAAUUUGAUGAAAAUGCGGUGUUAAAUUACUUCACACAAGUUGCAAUUGGCCUUGAAUAUAUGCACUCGAAGCAAAUACUCCAUCGAGACUUAAAAACACAAAAUAUUUUACUAAAUAAAAAACGUACUAUCGUCAAAUUAAGUGAUUUUGGAAUCAGUAAAGAACUUUCAACGAGAAGUUUGGCUUCAACUAUCAUUGGAACACCUAAUUAUCUUUCUCCAGAAAUUUGCGAAGGUAUCCUCAUUUUUGUUUUUGAAAUGUUACAAUUACUAUUCUUUACAUUUUCUUACAAUCAGAAAAGCGAUUUAUGGGCUUUGGGAUGCGUAUUAUAUGAACUUGCUGAAUUGAAACGGGCAUUUGACGGUGAAAAUUUGCCUUCAAUUGUUAUGAAAAUAACGAAGGGCAAACAUAAUCCAAUCUCCGAACAUUGGAGCAGGGAUUUGAAAGAGUUGAUUAAUUCUAUUUUGGAUGUUAAUGAAAACAAAAGACCUCUUCUGAAAGAAAUUCUCACAUGUCCACUCAUUUUACCUGUAUGUCUCUCAAUCAACUUAGAUCUUGGAGCUUUACCAUCUUCACCACUAAAGAAAACACGUGAAGUGGCUUUCGCUAGUAACAGUGUAUUACGUACACAACCUACGGCAGUAAAAUCUGGAGUUUAUUAA